AUGUUCCUAUUGUUGCGGGCCUAUGCGUUUGGCACUAAACUGCAGGAUUGGAGAUUUGAGUUGAAGCUGAUCGAAAGUGGUUGGACGGAUCCGCGUUUUUCAUCAUUUAUCAUCUCGGAUGACACCUCGUUGUUCUGUGUUCCCCCAGUUGAAGUUCCUUUCCUCCACACUCACUCGAUAGCUGACGAUAAUUUACGAAAUAUUCUGCAACCAAUUAAUGACUUACUCCUUAUCAUUGCCGCAGAGAUUUCUCCUAACACUUACUUACAACGACAUACUUCAACUGGCUUUGGAAAGCUAUUUCAAUCUUCACUUUUUAGGCAUGUUACUCUAACUUAUGAGUAG